GAAUUGAAAGUACUGCUUCGUUUGCUAUAAGAAGCAACCAGAGCGCCUUCAGUUUUCCUCACAACUCCAUAUUUCUUCUACAACAAUGGCUAAUAUUUCAAGUUCCUCUCUCAUUUUCACUACAGCCACUCUUCUCAUCCUGUGCACCCUCGCCAAUGCUAUGCAGCAUCCCGGCCUCAUUCUUACUCUUGUCAACAACUGUCCCUUCACUGUUUGGCCAGCCAUUCAGCCCAACGCCGGUCACCCCGUUCUUGAACGCGGCGGCUUCCCCCUCCAGAGCCUCACGCACCGCUCCUUUCCCGGCCCGGCCCAACACUGGUCCGGUCGGAUCUGGGCCCGCACCGGCUGCACACACUCCAACGGUUACUUCUCGUGCGUGACAGGUGACUGCGGCCACCGUUUAGAAUGCAACGGCCUAGGUGGGGCCACCCCCUCCACGCUGGCACAGUUCAGCCUCCACCACGGGCAGAAGGACUUCUCCUCGUACGGCGUGUCCCUCGUCGACGGUUUCAACGUUCCCUUGACCGUGACCCCACAUGAAGGCACAGGUGUGUGUCCCGUUGUGGGUUGUCGUGCCAACCUUCUUGCCACGUGUCCCGACAGAUUACAGGUGCGAUCACCGCCGGGUCACGGGACGGUCGUGGGUUGCAAGAGCGGGUGUGAGGCGUUUGGUACGGACGAACUAUGUUGCCGGAACCACUACAACAGUCCACAGACGUGUCGGGCGUCGAGUUUCUCUGAGUUUUUCAAGCACGCGUGUCCUUCCACGUUUACUUACGCCCAUGACAGUCCCUCUCUCAUGCAUGAGUGUUCCUCGCCACGUGAGCUCAAAGUCAUUUUCUGUCACUAGACAGUGAGAGCAAAAGCUAGCUGUGGGUUUGAUUCCCACUCAAGGCUUGUCUUUUGUUCUAGCAAUAGAAGAAUCCCACUUCAUGAAAUUAAAAAUGAUAAAAAAAAAAAAAAAAUGUAAGCAUCUGGUUUUCAAUUAAUCGUGGAGUGAGUACUGUUGUGGUGUGUUUGAGUGGGAAUUAAUGUAAUCCGUUGAUGUAUUUUGUUCUCUUAAUGGUUAAAUAUGUUAUAUUAUGUGAUUUGCUUAGA